UAAAUUAAGUGAUAGUUAGAAGAGCGAGCUAGUAGCAGCGAAGUGUGUUUUCUGAUCGGCAUUUUCGACGUAUUUAUCUGAAAAUUACCCGUAAUCAGUCGACGAAGAACACAAGCAUGUUGAACAUGACGGGGCCCAUGGACGGGUUGGAUCAGGAGAUGGUCGGCAAGUCGGCCUUCAUGGAACUACAGCAGCAGAUGCCACCCGGGAUGGGGCACCCGGCCUACCAGAUCCGGACAGGAUACCCGCCGCAACACGGCCACCACGACGGCUCGUACACGUCGCAGGCGACGCGGUCGCUCGGCUACCCGUUCUCCAUGAACUCCAUGGCGCCGACGUCGUACAACCCGCCGCCGCCGCAUUUCUCGAUGUCGCCAUACCAAACGCCGUCCCCUCCUCGCGACGACAAGAGUCAGGUCGAGGAGCAGUUGCGAAUUAACGGCAAGGGAAAGAAGAUGAGGAAACCCCGAACCAUCUACUCCAGUCUGCAGCUACAGCAGCUCAACCGGCGAUUUCAGCGGACGCAGUAUCUCGCGCUCCCGGAAAGAGCCGAAUUGGCGGCAUCUCUGGGUCUUACGCAAACUCAGGUAAAAAUAUGGUUUCAAAAUCGCCGCUCGAAAUACAAGAAGAUCAUGAAACACAAUCCGAACGGGCCGAAUCCCGCGCAGUCGCAGAACCCGCACCAGACGUCACCACAACCACCAUCACAGCAGCAGCAGCAGCAGCAGCAGCAACAACCACCUCAGUCUCAGUCAGCUGAUCUCCCCAGCCCGCCACAGGCCCCGACCCCCCACCAAGUGUCACAACCUCAAGCACCCCCUCAGGCUCUGCUUCCUGUCUCCUCGUCAAUGAGUCCGCAACCCGUAGGUUCCUGGUCGGAUAUAAGCAACAACAACCCCUCAACAAACUCUUACAUGUCAAUGUCGCACUACUCGUGGUAUGCUCAGAACUCUAUGGUACCCCAGCAACCGUUGAUAACAAAGACAGAAGUGCCAGGAUUUUGAGGGUUUCUUUUUUUUUUAACAAAAAAAAAAGAAGAAGAAGGACUAACCGCCGCGCUGUGCGGAAACUUUGUGGGCAUCCAAUAGGAUCGCUUCUUACUGUCUCUCCGAGUCUAGACAAGUCACCGGACCUCCUGAUUGGUGCAUUGGUGUAUUAAUUACCAAACAAGAAAAUGAAAUGUUAAAAGUGUAUUCGCAUAGCCAAACGAUGAACAAGGUCAAAGAAGAGCGAUUUCAAACUAACGGGGUUGUCAAUUGUAGAAUGGAGUUGUCAGGAGUUUUCUACAGUGAAGGUGCAACGUCAAACAAGGGGAACUACAGUACUCUAAAUACAUUACCAUGCACCAAUCAUCAUCAAGAGACCCUGAUCAAAAUAUUAUAUCCUCCCCUUUUGAAAAAGACAAAAAUCAUUGCAUCAAUACCUUAAACAAUGGAUUUUUAAAGGUAUUUGUAAAUCCAAUGAAUGGGUGCGCAACGCCAGCCCCCUCCUCUGGAUGCGCUCCUGACUCUGAAGUAUUAGAAAUGACAUGCACAGAGGUGGAAUACAAGCCGUAAUGCAGGAAGACGAAGAUAUUACGGUAUCUAAAUGUUUGGACACAAGCGAUGGCGGCGGGAUCCUUAUAUUUAUUUAUUUCGUGUAAUCACAUGGUUACGCGAUUUAAAAGCGAGUGCGAUUUGAACAUUUAUGAUCCACUGGGCCCAUAUUAUCUUAGCGCUACGAAAUCAUAAAACCGUCGUAGGCUGUGACGUCACUAUGGCCUGUGCUGUAGUGACGUCAUAGCCUACGGUGAUUUUCACGAUUUCAUUGGGCUGAGAGAGGUUUGAAAAUCACUAGCCAGAAUACAGGGUCACGCGGACUGAAUAACCAAACAGUAUUUAUUCACUGUUAGACAAUAGCGCCAAGCGAUUGGUUGAAAUAAUCUCAUUAUGUUUGUCUUGCCAUGAGCCUAUGUAGUUUAUUAUAUAUGUGCUAGAGGUCAGGCAACAGAAACACAAAACAAAGAACAAUGAAUUCUAUGUUGUUGCUACUCUGAGCGUCUGUAUUGUGUGUGUUUAUUAUUUCUCUCAUCCGGGACAGUUGUGCAAGUGUUUGUUGGGUUGUGCUUAUCAGUGACAUCUUUUAAAAAAAUAUAUAAAUAAUGCCUGGUUUCCAUAAAAUUUGUAAUAAGCCGCAGAUCGUAUUAAACUCUGAAGACUGAGUUUCAACUUUCGCAAAAAGGGAAAACGUUUUAAUAUAGGUAUAUCUAUAUAAUAGAGUAUAGUUUAUAUUCGCACAUAUUAAUACUUUCCAAUUCCCUCGCAACCUGUUUGCGAUCAGACGGUCCCAUAAAAUAUGUCAAGAGAUCUGCGGCGUGUUCAAGAUUUAAAAAAUGGAUUCCGUGCUUAAAGCAGAGUUUAUUUAAUAUAUCGACAGAGCUGCUGGUAAUUUCAACCCCUUCUCGUUCAGAUCUUUAAACUGUCAAUGAUCUGAUAUUUAUUUAAAAUGCAAUUCAACAGCUGACGUCAUGACUAGCGGUGUUAUUUAAUUUUUUUUAAAGUAGGCAUAUAUAUAUAUAUAUAUAUAUAUAUAUAUAUAUAUAUAUAUAUAUAAUUGCGUCAAACUAUAUACAUGUAUAGUUUCAUUUAUUAAUUUAAGUUAUAUUUUUAAUUUGUUGAAAAGACUUAAGUCAGAAUAUAAAUAAAGUUGCCAUUGCAGUUAAGUAAUUCAAUGAAAUCUGUGAUAAACAUCGCACAGGUAUUCAAUAUUGAGAUACACAGUUUUUGUUUUGUUUAUUUAUAUGUGCAAUUUAAUAAUCCUCCACUAUGAGUUUGUAUAUUCAGAUGUAUAGUGUUCAUCUUCAAAAGGUAAACUGUCAGUUUGUUUUGUGUAUUUGUGUUCUCAGGUAUCCCUUACUACGUCAGGGGGCAAGUCAGCAGUUGUCGUUACGUCAUGACUACGUCAUGACAACGUCACAUAUUUCCAGUUUGUAAAGUAUUACGUAGACAAAUAUUUCCGUAUGUUUCAUUGUAUUUUCUGUGUGGCCUUGCAUUGACGGUCAUGUAGUGCGAGCCACGAUGUGUAAAAUACAUUUAUGAUGUGUA